AUGGGAGAUCAAGAGCCCAAGAAGCAGGCUAAUGAGCUUGAAGCUCCCUUUGCGCCCACAACAACGCCACCACCACCAGAAGCCCCCAGCGUCAUUGAGAAUAAAGAAGGAGCUCUAAACCAUGUCGCUGAAGACAAGACCGUGAUCCCGAUUUCUGAGGAGAAGGCAUCUCCUCCUCCUCCUCCUCCUCCUCCUCCUCCUCCACCUGCUGCAGCUGUCAAAGAGAGUGCAUACCCUGCUGUAAAGAAAGACAUAACAGGAGGGGGUUCAACUGAGAGAGAUGCAUUGUAUGCACAAAUUGAAACAGAGAAACGGUUGGCCCUAAUUAAAGCAUGGGAGGAAAGUGAGAAGACAAAAGCAGAGAACAAGGCAUAUAGAAGAAUGUCAACAGUAGAAUUGUGGGAAGACAGCAAGAAAACUUCUGUGGAGGCAGAACUCAAAAAAAUUGAGGAAAAAUUUGAAAGAAAGAAGGCAGAGUAUGCUGAGAAAAUGAAGAACAAAGUGGCUGAAAUUCACAAGGCAGGAGACGGAAGGAGAGCUUUCAUUGAAGCCAAACAAAGAGAGCAAUGCCUCAGGGUGGAGGAAACAGCUGCAAAGUUUCGUUCUACCGGAAUUACACCAAAGAAAUUGCUACUCGGGUGCUUCAUCAGCCAGCAUUCUGCAGUUAUGUAA